AUGUUGGGGCCUCGUGGAGCACUAUCGGAUGAUUUCUCGGAUCAAGGAAUAGAAGAAGACAUGGAUGACACUCGGAACGGACGGGUCAAUGUCCCCUGGGAGAGAGGAGUUGAAAACUCCUGGGAGGGAUCCAUGAUGUCCGAAACGGACAAUGAGAAUGCUCCUCCAGAGCACCAGGAGGACGAGCACGUUGCUCGCGAGGAGCUUCUCUGGGAGAGCACUCCGCUCAAGCGCCCACACGAUCCGUGGGACGAUCCAUGCGAGCGGAAGCUCAAGUAUAGGAAGAUGGAAGGCCAGAAGGAUGGAGAGCACAAGAAGAAUUGA